CAUAAGAAGAGCACAUCCCCAAAGUUGCCCGUCUUGAGCAGCCCGUAAAGCCUCUUUCUGCUUUCCGGCAAUCAGUAGCCUUUUCACCUCAAAUGCAGUUCAUCGACGCUGCGACACUUGCCAUACAUCAGGACGAGCAGAUUCGCGAGGUAUUCGUUGCGGCGGUGCUCGCUCUGCGCAAUGCGGGCGUGGAUUUGCCUCCCCUGUGACAGAUCCCGGCAGUUCUGAGCAGUGCUCCCCAGGAGAGCAAGCAAUCCUCUGAGGUGUCUGUGGAAAUCACGAAUUGGGGAAGAGCAAUGCCAUAAACUUUGCUGGAUCUCACACACAUUCGCGAUUCGCGAGGUAUUCCUUGCGAGAAUCCGAGAAUCCUGGACGGAGAAAGAACAUUCCAAUCUAGCUUGGGCUAAGAAGAAGAAGAUAAUCCAUCUUGCCUUGCAAGAACAAGGACACCCUGGAAGAAGCAAAGAUUUUACUCUCUGGUGACAAUUCCUCUACUCCACUGGGCUUAUAAGAUUGGCUCUCUCCUCCAUUCUCUAUAGCAAUGAAUUUCCAUCUCUCUUUCUUGCUCCUCGAGAUAGUGUUCUUGAGAGCUGUCGCCCUAAAUUCGCCCCCACCGCUCCCUCUCCUAUGGCGCCAGCUCCAGUUCCACUCGCGCCGCCUCUCGAUGUUCUUCCACUUCGGCGUCAACACAUUCACGGACUCGGAGCGUGGAUCCGGCCACGAAUCGCCCUCUAUCUUCAACCCGGAGCGAUUGAAUGCGUCGCAGUAGAUGGACGCGGCCCAAGCCGCGGGCGCGCAGCUCGUGAUCCUCACGGUCAAGCACCACGACGGGUUCUGCCUGUGGCCCUCGGCCUACACCAAUUUCUCCGUGGCUAGCAGCUCUUGGCGAGGAGGGAAGGGGGAUGUGGUGGCCGAGUUCGUGGCCGCCGCCAGGGAGCGUGGAUUGGACGUGGGCUUUUACUUCUCGCCAUGGGAUUUGCACGAGAGCUGCUAUGGCGACACUCUUCUCUACAACGAGUUCUACUUGGCUCAGCUCCGAGAGGAUAUGGGCCGAUCUCCGAGGUGUGGCUGGAUGGUGCGAAAUCACCCACUGCAGUGAACAUGAGCUACGAUUUUGAGCUCUGGUUUGACACGAUUCAUUCCCGGUGCUAACAUCUUUUCCGAUGCUGGGCGAUGGCGAACAGAUCUUCCAUUACGAUCGGCAGGAGCGAUGGCCAGUACUUGAUGUCUGGAGAGAGUGCUGGAACCGACUGGCUCCCUCCGGAGUGCGAUAUCUCCAUCAGGCCCGGUUGGUUUUGGCACAGGAACGAGGCUCCAAAAUCCCUGGAGCAGCUGCUCGACGUUUUCUAUAAAUCAUCCACCAGGAACUGCUUGCUCCUGCUGAACGUCCCUCCAAACUCGUCAGGACUGAUCAAUGAAUCCGACUUCCAGACGCUGGAGCGGUUUAGCUCCGCCAUAGAUUCCAUCUUCAGCGUCAACUUAGCAGGGAAUCCCUUGUCCGUGACAGCAAGCAGCAUUCGCAGCUCUUCGUUCGGGCCGAAGAAAAUCCUUGACGAGCAUAUGGAAACUUUCUGGCUCCAAUGCAAGGGGAGUCGACUGGCUGGAUCGAGCUUGAUCUUGGCAAGGUCUCAAAGUUCAACGCACUGGAGAUCCAAGAGCCAGUAAACAUGGGACAAAGGGUCAUGGAAUAUCUCGUCGAGGCAUGGGACAGCGAGCUGGGCUGGUACCUGGUGAGCAACGGUAGCACCAUUGGUUACAGGAAAGUGGAUCGACUGGAAGAGGAUCAAGUAUGCGCUGCUCGCCUUGUUCAACUGCUGAUUGAUGCGUCGGAGGGAGAUCCAUUGAUCUGCUUCUUUGGUUUGUACUUUGAUAUGUACAACCUUAGGCACUUGUCUUCUAUUUAGAAGAGAAACUACAAGAGGAUAUGUAUAUUUCAUGGAUACAGUUUUCAGGUAUGAGAAACAUAGCUUUGGGUUGGAAAUCCCUGGCCUGAUCAAUAACAGUCUCUUUGCAUCA